UCUUCUCUAUAUAUAAAUACAACACACAUAUGCAUCAGUCUCUCAUGCAAAAACAGCACUUUCUGGCUAUUUUUUCUGUGUGUAUUCACCAUGGAACAUAGAGUCAAGAAAAACUUCACACCAAAAACAACACAUAAAAAUAAUACUCAUCAUAAUCAUAAUAACAACACAAACACUUCACACUACUUUCAUCAUCAUCAUCAUCAUCAUCAUCUUUUUCAUCUUCAUCCACACUAUCUUAAUCUUAUUCAUCAUCAUUCAAACACACACACAAACUUUGGUUUCUUUAACCAAAAUUUAUUAUACUCAUCACCAUCUAGUAUUUCUCAAUCUCCACCUCUACUUCCCCUGCCACCACCUUAUUCUGUCCUAUCUCCACCACCUCUACCAUCCUUCACACAAAAAGCCCAUUUUCAUAAACAUUCAUUGAAGCAAAAUCAUCAUCACAAUAAGCAUCAUCAACCACCACUUAUUUCUACUCCUGACCCACAAAUUCCUCAAAAAGCUAUAGAGGUGAUUCCAAAAACAAUAAUAGGAGCCAAGAAAGAUGAAAUGAAACAAGUUAGAGAUUCAUUAGCACCACCACAACCACCAUUAACUGUGGCAAGAAGGCCUGAUUCUGGUGGCAAAGAAGGAACAAAAAUCUCACUUUUAGCCAAUCAUUUUUUAGUAGAAUUUGACCCUUUACAACAAAUCUACCAUUAUGAUAUUGAAAUUUCUCCAAAACCCUCAAAAGAGAUUGCAAGAUUAAUCAAACAAAAGCUAGUAGAACAUAAUGCUACUGUUUUUUCGGGUGGAAACCCGAGUUAUGACGGUAGGAGAAACCUUUUUAGUGCGGUAGAGUUUGAAAAAGAUAGCCUAGAACUCUUUAUUAACAUCCCAGUUCAAAUGGGUAGUCACUCGAUUUCGUCGAAUUGUAAUGAUAACCAAGAAAGAUUGAAGCUUUAUCGGGUUAAAAUCAAGAUUGUGUCGAAACUAAAUGGGAAAGAGUUGAGUAAGUAUUUGAGUAAAGAACAUAAUGAUUCAGUCCCCCUUCCACAAGACUAUAUACAAGCUUUAGAUGUUGUGUUACGCGAAAACCCGUUGUCUGAAUGCACCCCGUUAGGAAGGUCGUUGUACUCGACUGCCAUGGGUGGAGCUAAAGAUAUAGGGGGCGGAGCGAUUGGACUUCGAGGUUUUUUUCAAAGUCUUAGGCCGACACAGCAAGGGUUAGCUCUGAAUGUGGACUUGACAGUCACUGCAUUUCAUGAAAGUAUUGGAGUGAUUCAGUAUUUGCAGAAACGUUUAACGUUUUUAAACGAUUUUUGUGAACUAAAGACGAGGGAUUUGACGUUUGAUGAAAAGAAAGAGGUAGAAAGGGCUUUAAAGAAUGUUAAAGUGUUUGUUUGUCAUAGAGAAACUAUUCAGAGAUAUAAAGUUCAUAGCUUGACCGAUGAAACGACUGAGAAUCUUCAGUUUAGAGAUCGAAAUGGGGAGAAUUUGUGGGUGUUGAGUUACUUCAAAGAACAGUAUAACUAUGAGAUUCAAUAUAGGAAUUUGCCCUGUUUGCAGACUAGUCGGAGAAGACCAUGUUACCUUCCUAUGGAACUUUGUCGUGUUUGUGAGGGUCAGAAGUUUCUUGGAAAACUUUCUGAAGAUCAAACGGCGAAAAUCCUGAAAAUGGGUUGUCAAAAACCACGAGAACGCAAGUCGAUCAUUGAUGGAGUCAUGGCUGGACCCUUUGGUCCAACAAGUGGACACCAAGCAGAAGAAUUUAAUCUCUGUGUUGCGAAGGAGAUGACAAGACUAAAUGGACGAAUUCUGCGACCUCCAAAGCUUAAACUUGGAGACGGUGGUGAGGUGACCAAUCUUUUUCCUUCGAGACAUGACCGACAAUGGAACUUUUCUGGCAGUCAGGUAUUUGAAGGUAGCCGAAUAGGUAGAUGGGCGGUAAUUAGUUUUGGAGGAACUAAUGAGCAAAGAUCGAUAAUCCCAAAAUUCAUCGAUAAGUUAACUCAAAGAUGUGAACAACUAGGGAUCUUUCUCAACAAAAACACAGUCAUCAAGCCACAAUUUGAAUCAAUGCAAGUUCUUAACAAUGUGUCUCUUCUUGAAUCAAAGAUCAAGAAGAUUCAAAAAGCUGCAAAUGAUAAGUUGCAACUUUUAGUUUGUAUAAUGGAGAAGAAACACAAAGGGUAUGCAGAUUUGAAGCGAAUCAGUGAAACGAGUAUCGGGGUUAUGAGCCAAUGCUGUUUGUAUCAAAACCUUGCUAGGUUAAGCUCACAGUUUCUCGCUAAUUUGGCACUUAAAAUCAAUGCAAAGAUUGGUGGGUGCACCGUGGCGUUGUACACCUCAUUGCCUGCUCAAAUUCCGAGAAUUUUAAAACUUGAUGAGCCGGUGAUGUUCUUGGGUGCAGAUGUAACCCACCCACAUCCAUUAGACGAUUUCAGCCCAUCAGUGGCUGCAGUUGUCGGGUCAGUGAACUGGCCGGCAGCGAAUAAGUAUGUUUCCAAAAUGAGGUCUCAGACUCACCGGCAAGAGAUAAUUCAAGAUUUGACAGCUAUGGUAGAAGAAAUACUUCAUGAUUUUCUUCGGGAGCUAUCAAAACUGCCAAAGAGAUUGAUUUUCUUUCGGGAUGGUGUCAGUGAGACCCAAUUCCAAAAGGUUCUUAGUGAAGAAUUGCAAGCUAUUCGUGCAGCGUGUUUGCGGUUCUCUGGAUACAACCCUCCCAUCACAUUUGCUGUGGUCCAAAAACGACAUCACACCAGGCUGUUUCCCGCUGAGUUGGUAUCUAGUAGUGGAAAAAACAUGUUUACAGACGAGAACGUGCCUCCAGGAACGGUGGUUGAUUCUGUCAUCACCCACCCAAAAGAAUUUGAUUUCUAUCUAUGCAGCCAUUGGGGUGUAAAGGGUACAAGCCGGCCGACUCAUUAUCACAUAUUAUGGGAUGAAAAUGACUUCUCUUCCGAUGAACUUCAGAAACUGGUUUACAAUCUUUGCUUCACUUUUGUAAGAUGUACUAAACCUGUUUCAUUGGUUCCACCAUGUUAUUAUGCUCAUUUGGCCGCUUAUAGAGGUCGGUUGUACCUUGAUCGAACUGGUGCCUCGUUAGGAUUCACUAGACAAGAACCACCCAAGACCGCCCCCCUCCCAAAAGUACUAGAGAAUGUCAAGAAUCUUAUGUUUUAUUGUUGAUAUAGUUAGAUUAAAUCUUGAACAUCUGGUUGUAUGUUCAUGUCCCAUUGUAAAAGAACUUUAGGCUAAUUGAAUGAAUUCUAACAUGCCAUUGAUCAGUUU